CGCCUGAGUCAGACCAGGCUUAGAGCAGCGAUAAGCAAGCUGUGCUCUCGGGGGCGCUGGGCCUUGGACCUGCUGAGGGGUCACGGGAGGCGUGGUCCAGAAAUGAGGCGGGCGCCGGCGUGAGUGCUGCGGCACGACCCGCAUCCCUGCUCGGAUGUGGAGCCAACUGUUCUUUGUGAGCUGUAAGGCAGGCCUUCCCCUCUUCCCCCGUACCAUUCCCCAGUUUAAAAUCCUGUGGCGUCGCUUAGCUACAAUGAAGCUAGAGUCUUCCGAAUUCCAGUCUCUCUUCACACCAGGACUGAAAUGUAUUGCAGAAUUGUUUGACAACGCCCAGUAUGAAUUAAGGAUAGCAGGAGGUGCUGUAAGGGACCUACUCAGUGGAGUGAAGCCUCAAGAUGUUGACUUUGCCACUACUGCGACUCCUAUUCAGAUGAAGGAAAUGUUCCAGGAGGCGGGCAUCCGUAUGAUCAACAACAGAGGAGAAAAACAUGGAACCAUCACUGCCAGGCUCCAUGAGGAGAACUUUGAAAUUACCACACUUAGAAUUGACCUGCUUACUGAUGGGAGACAUGCAGAAGUGGAAUUCACAACUGACUGGGAAAAGGAUGCUGAGAGGAGGGAUCUCACAAUCAAUUCCAUGUUCUUAGGCUUGGAUGGCACCCUUUACGAUUACUUCAAUGGCUAUGAGGAUUUGAAAAACCACAACAUUAGAUUUGUAGGACAUGCAGAGCAGAGAAUACAAGAGGAUUACUUAAGAAUUCUACGAUACUUCAGAUUUUAUGGGAAGAUAGCAGAAAAACCUGGUGACCAUGAAUCCAAAACUCUGGAAGCCAUCAGAGAAAAUGCCAAAGGUUUGGCUGGAAUAUCAGGCGAGAGGAUUUGGGUGGAAUUGAAGAAAAUUCUCAUGGGGCAGCAUGUUAAUCAUCUUAUUCACCUUAUGUAUGAACUUGGUGUGGCUGGUUAUAUAGGAUUGCCUAUUAAUGCGAACUUUCAGGAAUUUGACACAGUCUGUAAAAAUGUUCAGAAUCUCUUUCCAAAACCAAUGACAGUUCUAACGUCACUGUUAAAGGUUCCAGAUGACAUAAUGAAAAUGGAUUUAAGGCUGAAAAUCUCAAAAGAUGAGAAAAACCUUGGGCUAUUUCUACUGAAGCAUAGGAGAGACUUGGUCAAAGCUACUGACGGUGCAGAACCACUUAAACCAUUUCAAGACUUCAUUAUAGACUUAAAUAAUAAGUCAAGGGAAGCUGAUGCAACAUCCAGAAUCUGUGAACUUCUGAAGUACCAAGGGGAAGAACAUCUUCUGAAAGAAAUGCAGCAGUGGUCUGUCCCCACUUUUCCUGUCAGCGGCCAUGACUUAAGGCAAAUGGGGAUUUCAUCUGGGAAAGAAAUUGGAAUAUUCUUACAGCAGUUACGGGACCAGUGGAGAAAGAGUGGCUACCAAAUGGAUAAAGAAGAACUCUUAAGCUGUGUAAAGAAGGUAUAAAAUAAUGAAUAAAGUUGCACCAGACAACACGUGUCUAUAUUUUACUUUUACUGGAGAUGACAUUUUUGUUUACAUCUGAUGAUUCUGAAAAUUCUUUAUUUUUCAUGCUGAAAACAUAAAAAGUUGCAACUAACUUUGUGUUCUUGUAAUAAUGCAUGAUUAUAUUUUUAUAUUUUGAUUGCACUAUUAAGAAGAUGCCGUUUGGCACAGAUUGUAAGUGGAAAGAACAGUAGGCAAGAUAGUGUGCCACAUUCCUUUUUGCCCUAUUCUUCCUCUGGCAUAUUCUGCUCCCACCUUGUGAAAAACUUCUCUGCCUGCCUCCACCAAACCUGCCCCAAGACUUUCUAAGUCGUGUGUAUCUAUUCUGGGGGUGGGGGUGGCUGAGAGAGAGAGACAGAGAUAGACUGUAAGAAAAAGUCUUAAAAUGGAUGCACGCACACUGGCAAUCAGGAAAUAAAGUAACCAGAAAUAAGCUCAUUCAGCUACUUUUUAUUUUAUUCAGGUUCCCUUAGCUAGGCCAUAGCCUACAGUAUUGGUCCAACCUUCUCAAGCAUUUCUCCAGUUUUGGCUUGCUUUCUUCUUGGCUUUCUUCUAAUUCUCUCUCUCCUUAUAUCUUUGCCAAAUUUAUUUUUUCCUUACUGUCUACAAUUAGCUUUUCUUUCUCCUCACCUCCAGCCAAUCAGGAUGGUAGUUUCUUAGUCAAACGUUUUACUUCACGUGUGUUUAAAAAGUGGUAACUAGGUAUAAAUCCAAUCUGUACCUUUUUAAUAGACUAACAGUCUAAUCCUAUGUAUAUGUGGACAGAAAGUGGUCCUACAUCUUCCGGCAUUCUUCAAUCUGUGGCCUACUAGAGAAGGCUGGGAGCAAACAUGCAUAAGGCUGCACCCUAAACCAGUCUGUGUCCUUCAAGUGCCUCCUACCCCAGCCAGUCUCUUGUCUUUGGCACUUUCCCCUUGGCUUCCUCGAUCUUCCCUUGUAACAUUACUUUUCUCCUAAGCAUCUGCUAAUUCUUCAUUCACAUAUUUGGAUUCUUACUUGCCUGCUUCCUCCAUUAUAGGACUUACUGGUUCAGUGAGUAGGAAUUUUUCAUGUGGUCAAGGUGUCUGAGUGACUUACCUGAUUGUCCCUUGGUUCUUUCCUUCUCUAGGCACAGAAUAAAUGGCCAUAUAUUUUCUGCUGUUGGGUGGGUGACUGUAAUAUAUUCAUUUUAAUGAAAAGGAAAUAAAUGUCCUUUUCUUUCCCAUCACUCUACAUGAUUGUUCUCUCUCUGUUUCACGUCCAUUAUCCAGAGACAAAUAACUUCUCUUAACACUAUUGAACAUGGAAGUAUAUAUGGAAAGCAACAUUUGGUAGCAUUUUUGUAUAUAUCUAAUAUGUCUAAUAUGCUCCAGUAAUAAAGUAAAAACACCUGGAUUUCUCUUCUUACAAAUUGUACCGCAGUGUAAUGACUACAAAAAAAUAGAAAUUUUGUUUUGUCGUCAACAUGCAGAACAUUAUAAAAAACUAAA